AUGUCGACCUCACUGGGAUUUAGAGUUUCGCGUGGUGUAUUAUCAACAAUAGCUCCACCCAUUCCUCUUGCUUACGAAUGGGCAAGUCGAUACAAACCCUCUGAAAAGCGACCCUUACUUGACAUGUCUCAAGGAGUUCCCGGAGUUCCCCCACCUGAUUCUGUCCAAUCUGCAUUAGGAAAAGCAGCGUCCUCUCCUACCAGCUUUGGUUAUACACGAUGGGAUGGCGAACCCGACCUACGUCAAGCACUCGUUGGCCAGAUGAAACUUGUAUAUGGCUCGAACUCUGACAUCAACGCAGAUGACGUAGCUUUGACAUCUGGCUGUAAUUUGGCGUUUGUAGCGACUACGAUGAGUGUGGCAGACGCAGGUGAUGAAAUUAUUCUGCCGGUGCCUUGGUACUUUAACCACCAAAUGACUUUGACACUCCUAGGGAUUAAGACGAUCCCUCUUACAACGCGUCCAGAGGAUGGUUUCACCCCUUCUGUUGAUCGUUGUCGGGAACUCAUCACCAAAAACACCAAGGCCAUUGUACUCGUGACUCCAAACAAUCCUACAGGUGCCACAUAUUCUCCAACCCUCAUUUCAGAGUUUGCCGCGUUAGCAGCGGAGUUUCGAGUUGCACUCAUCGUCGACGAAACAUACCGCGAUUUUAUCGUCACCGGGUCCCCUCCUCACACCGUGUUCUCAAAUGCAAACAGCCUUGCGUGGCGAAGCACCUUUAUACAUCUUUUCUCGUUCUCGAAAGCAUACUGUUUACCUGGACACCGCCUGGGUGCCAUUGUGGCAUCGCCAAUCCUCCUUCGUUCUAUCAAAUCUAUUCUGGAUACUCUGCAAAUUUGCGCUCCACGUCCCAUUCAAAUGGCACUUGCACCUCUGCUCCCCGAGCUACGGUCUUUUAUCACUACCACCGCCAAGCAGGUGCAUGCGCGACACCAGCUAUUCAAGUCACGGUUACCCGAAAAAUGGCAUAUUGGAGCACAAGGAGGCUAUUACGCGUACGUGAAGCACCCGUUCCUGUAUGUGAAGGCGACAGAUGUCAGCCGGAGACUCGCUGAGCAAGUCGGGGUUGUGACACUACCUUCAUCCUUUUUUUUGGAGGAGAAAGAGAGCGGUGACAAGGGUGAUCAAGACCGCGAGCGGAACGAUGAAGAUUGGAAAAAUGUAGAAGCCGACGUAAAGGUUGAAGAAGUGGAUAGGUGGAUACGCUUCUCCGUCGCAAAUAUAGAUGAUCAUAAAGUGGUCAAAGUGUGCGAGCGAUUAGGCCAAUGCGGUGAUGCCUUUGGCUGGAAGCAAGAAGACGAUAGUGCAAACUGA